CCACAUUAAUCGUAUCGAUUAUUCCACAAAGAAAAUUAAAAAAUCUGGAAAAAAAUGAGCAGUCUAACCAACUGCACUGACUUCAUCGCGAAUGUUCUUAGGCCUAACAACCUCAAUUCUGCUUCCCUUCCGUUUCCCGCGACCUUCAACCCCAAUUCCUUCGCCCGGACUCCUCUCACGACGUCGUUAUCCAUGGACGCAGCCGCUUCUUCCAGAGCUAGAGCUUCAUCCACCAUCGGUGCGCCUGACAACAAAUUGGAAGCUUCAUCUACUGGAGCAGUUGGAGCUAAUGACUUGUUGAUAGUUGGACCAGGAGUUUUGGGGCGUAUAAUAGCUGAAAAGUGGCGAGAGGAACAUCCAGGUUCUCAAAUUUAUGGACAGACUCUUACGAGCAAUCAUCAUGAAGAGUUAAAGAAGAUGGGGAUUACUCCAUCUCUGAAGGAAACCAAAGUAACUCAUAAGUUUCCCUAUGUCAUCUUCUGUGCUCCUCCAUCUAGAAAUGUAGAUUACCCUGGUGAAGUCAGAGAAGCAACCUUAAAUUGGAAUGGUGAAGGGUGCUUCCUUUUUACUUCAAGCUCUGCUCCAUAUGACUGCAAUGAUAAUGGAUACUGUGAUGAGGACACUCCAGCCGUACCCAUUGGGAGAAGCCCCAGAACAGAUAAUCUACUCAAAUCGGAGAAAGUUGUGCUGGAAGCUGGUGGCUGUGUUGUUAGACUAGCUGGACUUUAUAAGGUAGAUAGAGGUGCCCAUACGUACUGGUUGGAGAAAGGGACUCUUGAAGUUCGGCCAGAUCACAUCCUUAAUCUCAUACAUUAUGAGGAUGCUGCUUCACUGUCAAUUGCUAUACUAAAGAAGAAUCUUCGUGGUAGGAUUUUUCUUGGCUGUGACAAUCACCCUCUGUCCAGGCAAGAAGUAAUGGAAUUGGUUAACAGGAGUGGAAAGUAUGAUAAGAAGUUUGACGCAUUUACAGGAACAUCAGAUCCUCUAGGUAAGAAAUUGAACAACUCUAAAACUCGUGCGGAACUUGGAUGGGAGCCAAAAUAUCCUAGCUUCGCACAAUUUCUCGAGACUCUGUGAGUAGGUCGUGCGAAAGACUCCUCAUAGAGUGACUGACUUAACGACCUGGUAGCGUGUACUGAGCGCUGACCGUUAAGUAUAAUUUUUAUCUGAAUCACGCUACCAGAUGUUACAUUCUUUUGGAGUUCUCAAAUAUUUGCACCUUUGGUUCAAAAAUCACUAAUCAUAUUAAAAUUCCUUACCUAAA